GAACGUGGAAAGUGGUCCAUUUCACCCCUUCCACGUCUUCCAUUCGUACCAGAUGGGCCCAGCCUGAUGGCCAAGCAUGCUGCAUUCGUCACUCUUUUGGCUUUCGACUUGACCCUCAUGAUCUCUGGACCGUCAGGGAGGGUAAUCGGGUAUCUCGGCAAACGGACCGGGCUGUCUGCCACCUCCUCGCCUCAGGUACCCGGACAAUCCCCCCACGGGCUCUGGCCCCGGGGCUCAGCGACCAGGCUGGGCAAGGGUAUUCUGGUGCUGUGCUGGCAAAGUGGCAAGGCCCUUGUGGCCGGUUUGUUUGAUAUUCUGCGAUUGGCGUCCAGAUACGUUGGGCCGCAGUGGCAUCAGUCCUUUGCUCGGUUGUGUUCGGAAGGAAGCCACCAUUGAGGGUUAUCACGCGGCCUUGUUUUUGGUGAGUCAUUUAACCCCCCAGUUGCAGGAGGGAGACCAAGCCGGCGGCCAGGAAAAGGGAAAAGAAGGCAACCACGACCGGGUGUUAUGGGCUGUUCACCGCUCCGUGCCGCCUCAUUGACCCCUGUCCACCAGCCGAGGCUAUAAGGCUGUAGUCCGUAAGUAUUAGAAUCAAAAUUCCAAAUCCGU